GACAUUUGUUUGCCACUCGCCGUCCAAACGUCGUUGGCAGUGAACGGAACGAAGCGCUGUUGUAUAGAUCGCUAGCUGGCCGUCUGGCUGAAAAUAGUGAACGAAGUAUGAGUUUUCGAAAUAUGUUCGAAUAAAAAAGUGAACAGUGAGUGACUGUCAUCGAGCAAGAUGGUUGAUGACGUGAAAGAUAUUACGGAAAAAGCUGAAAGUAAAGAGGCCCUAGACCGAGCGCGUUUGGCGCGCGAGCGGCGCGAGGCCGAGCAGCGCAAGCGGCUGGACGAGCUGCGCGCGCACGCGGCCGCAGCGCAGGCGCAGCGCGAGAAGCGCGACGAGGACAGGCGGAAGCGGCAGGCGGAGCAGCGCGCGAGGGAUGACGACAGGCGGCAACAGGAGGUGAUCUCCGAAAAUUCUGGACCGAUCACCAAUGGAAAGGUAGAAGAGCGUAAACGCGCGAUAUGGGAGGCGUCCAUAUCGCGACGGGAGGCGUUGCUGCAGCGCGAAAAGGACCGCACGGAGCGGUUGGAGCGCGCGCGCGCCGCCCGCUCGGCGCCGCGGCCGGCGUUCGCGUUCGGCUCGUCGACGCCACGGCUGCUCGAGCCGGUCGACUCGGCGGGAUUCUUUUGGGCUGCGCGCAGUACCAACCCCAUAGAUCAGAUGAACUUUUUUGAGUCACUGGCGGCAUCAACGACUAAUGUGAUGUUCGCGUCUGCGCCGCUGACAAGACGUGCCUCAGCGCUUCAGUUGGACACAUCCGACACUGAUAACAAAGACGAAUCGGAGCGUUCGCCGGCUUCCACGUGGACGUCGGUGGCCCGGCGGCGCACGGACCUGGUGCCGACGGUGCCGGCCCCGCGCGCGCCAGGUAGGGCGUACUCUAUGACGCGCCUGGACAGGCUGCCCGCGCCCUCCGUGCAACACCUCCACAGGAGCCAGGGGCGGUCCGGCGACACGACGCCCGGCUCGCGGCCCGGCAGCGCGCUGUCCGGCGCCGGCGUGGUGCGGCGCGCCAGCUCGGCGCCGCGCCGCCCGCGCCCCGCCUCCAUCGCCGGCACCGGCUGCAACACGCCGCGGGGUGAGUGUGUGCGCACAGAGGGGCGGUCCGGCGACACGACGCCCGGCUCGCGGCCCGGCAGCGCGCUGUCCGGCGCCGGCGUGGUGCGGCGCGCCAGCUCGGCGCCGCGCCGCCCGCGCCCCGCCUCCAUCGCCGGCACCGGCUGCAACACGCCGCGGGGUGAGUGUGUGCGCACAGAGGGGCGGUCCGGCGACACGACGCCCGGCUCGCGGCCCGGCAGCGCGCUGUCCGGCGCCGGCGUGGUGCGGCGCGCCAGCUCGGCGCCGCGCCGCCCGCGCCCCGCCUCCAUCGCCGGCACCGGCUGCAACACGCCGCGGGGUGAGUGUGUGCGCACAGAGGGGCGGUCCGGCGACACGACGCCCGGCUCGCGGCCCGGCAGCGCGCUGUCCGGCGCCGGCGUGGUGCGGCGCGCCAGCUCGGCGCCGCGCCGCCCGCGCCCCGCCUCCAUCGCCGGCACCGGCUGCAACACGCCGCGGGGUGAGUGUGUGCGCACAGAGGGGCGGUCCGGCGACACGACGCCCGGCUCGCGGCCCGGCAGCGCGCUGUCCGGCGCCGGCGUGGUGCGGCGCGCCAGCUCGGCGCCGCGCCGCCCGCGCCCCGCCUCCAUCGCCGGCACCGGCUGCAACACGCCGCGGGGUGAGCUAGGCAGUGCAAGCGCGGCCAGCACACCAGCGGUGUCCCGCGACGGGUCGACAGUGGCCCGGCCCGCGUCCGCGCCGCGCCGGCCACGCCCGCUGUCCCUGCACGUUGCUAACACUCCCACUAGUGCGGGGAAACCGGCAGCACCUUUGGGUCCCGGCGAAGGCAAGCCGCCCGUUCACAGAAAGCCAAAACCAGCCAAAGAACACGAAAAGAAGGGAGGCAAAUCGCUGUCAGUAUCGCCGGGCCCGCGGGACCUCGUUGUCGACGAUAUGUCCAAGUCGGUGACGUCGGAGAUACGGCAAGUGGACGCUCAAGAGGUGACGCAGAAGCUCGAAGCGCUGCAGGUCACUGACGAUGCGCCUGCGCAUAAUCACACAAUCGAAAACGUAGAGAACAUAGAAGCCAAAAUAGAAACGAACACACAUAAAGUACAAGAGAAUAGAACAGAAGAGAAGAUGGAAGUGCAGAAGGAGACACAGAAGGAGACGCAGAAAGAGACACAGAAAGAGACACAGAAGGAGACACAGAAGGAGCCACAGAAGGUGGAGCCGAAGAAGGAAUCUUCUGUUGAAAAGACUGAGGAGAAUGAAAUGACUGCGUCAAUGAUAUCGCGCCGCAUCACAACGGAGGAGGAAGCGAAGGCCGCGCUCGCGGAGCGGAGACGGCGCGCCAGGGAGGAGCUCGAGAGACAGGCCGAGCUCGAGAGGCUCAGAUUGCAGCGCGAAGCCGAGGAGGAAGCGGAGCGGCAGCGGCAGGAGGAGGAGCGGCAGCGGCGCGAGGAGGAGGAGGCGCGCGAGCUGGCCGCGCUGCAGCGCCGCCACGAGGAGGAGAAGCUGCAGCGGGCCAUACAGGCGCAGCAGCAGCUCGAGCGCGAGGAAGCGGAGCGGAAGGCGCGCGAGGAGGCGGAGAAGAUCGCGCGCGCGAAGGAGGAGGAGGAGAAGCGGCGCGCCGGGGAGCUGGCCGAGCGGCGCCGGGCGGCAGAGCUCGAGCGGGAGGAGAGGGAGAGGCUCGCGCGCAAGCAGCGGGUGGAGGCCAUCAUGGCCAGGACGCGCCUCAAGCGGCAAGCUGAAGAGGACAAGAAGAAGCAAGAGCAAGAACAGAAACCCGCUGAGAGUCAGCCGUCAGCCGACACACAAAAGCAAGCACAAGCGAACGACGCGCCGAAAGACAGCGCUGACAACAGCGACGCUGCGAAACCCGCUGAGACUGUACAAGUUGCUGAACUACCUAAAUCAGCGUACGAAAUUGCUGAAAAAAAUGAAAAAACAACUUUAAAUACAGAGGCAGAGAGUCAAAAUUCGGUUACAGAAGUGAAGACGGAAAGUGCAAUUGUUGAUACAGUGCAAAGUGAAGAUAAUGUACCUAGUGUGACGGAUAACAGCAACGGGAAUGUACAAACGGCGGAUCUGCUUUCGCUUGCAACUAGUCAGCCUGAAGAGAAUUCAUCUCACGAUGGUCGCGAGCAGCCGCACGCCGCCAACAAUGGCAACGUUACUGCCGACCUGCUGGGACUGUCCGACGACAAUGAGAGUAAGGACACCACCGGCGAGCAGUCGACCAUCAAACAAAUCGACAACGCGAGCCAACCGGAGGCCAACAACGGCAACGUGUCGAGCGUGGCCCACGUUGGCCACAUAUCCGCCAACUUCAUCCAAACGGAACGCAUGGCGGAACACAACCAGAAGAUCGAGAAGCUUCUCGACGACGACUUCACCACGCACAACGGCCACGGGCUCAAUCACCCGCUGACGUUGCAAAAUGCGAUCUAAUUUGUAUGGAAUAAGGUUGAGAAUCGCUUGGUCGAGCGUGCGUAUUGGCUAGUCUUGUACUAGGCGCUCUUAUUCACUGAGAGGUCGAGUGUGAUGGCAAAUGAUGACCAAAUCGUUUGCGUUAAGGCUCAAAUUCGAUUGUACUGUCGUAUUGGCCAAGCUUGCCAUGCAAAAAGAUUAUAUUACUUCAAAAUAGAGUUCAAAUUCGUUUGGCUAAAUGCAAUCGGGCUAGAGAUACGUUGGAAAAGCGAAUGAAUUCUACGUUCUAAAUUUCGAUUUGUUAUGUGUAGAUUUACAUUGUAAAAUAAAAUCUAAUACCAACGUAAUAGAUAUGAAAUUUUAUUGAUCUUAAUCUUAAUAUUGACCAUAUAAGUCCUUGAAGAAAGAAAUAUUUCUGUAAAUAUACGGGCUAAGAGCAUUUAAUCCAUUGAAAAUAAUACAAAACUUAUGAAAUACAACAAAAAAUUAGAAAAAAACCAAAGUUCAACGAGAAAUGAAUUCCGUUCACUUUGCCAAAGUUUAUCGUCAUGAUGUUUAUUUUUAAAUAAAACGAUGGUGCCUUUGAUUUUUGAAAUUCGGUGCUGUUUCCCAAAAUACUAGCCAAUAUGUAUGCAUUGACGGGGUAAUGAUUCGAUAUAUAUACAGAUACACAAAAAUUACGAUAUGUAAUUAAAAUGUCUGUAAUAAUAUAUCGAAAAUGUUGGCACAUGUAAUAUUCAAUGUAAUUAUUGCAUUUAUAAAGCAAAUCCAAGAUUCUAUUAAGAACAAUAAUAUAUUAGCUUAUUUUGCUGUAUAAGCGAUAUUAUUCACCGCUUGACGUUCCUCGUGUUUUAGAAAAUUAAAAAAAUAAUAAUAAUAAUAUUUUCAUAUUGGAGUAACAUUAGAUCACUAGGGAUGUAACGGGAUUAACUGUCAUUAAAUCAUCAAUUAAUUGUCAUUAAUUUUUGAUUUGUUCGUUGGUCGGAUAGGUUGUGUAUAGGAGAGCUGUGCUUACAGUGUAUACAAUAAUUAUUAUUAUAAGUUUUUAUUUAUUGUGAUUUUUUUUUAUUAAUGAAAAUUAUGAUCAAAUACAUUGUUUGGUUUCUUUUUUCAAUUUUGCAGACGUUUCGUUUUGUUGUUUUUUUUUAUAAAAGUUCAAUCGAAGUGAAAUCGAUUACAUGUUUUAUUGGCAAUUUUCCCUAUGUUGCCGACGCUACUGUGCGAGCGAGACGCAUAUAGCGCGACGCUUGAAUGCGAGCGGGAUGGACGUAUAUGUAAAUCCUGUACUUUUGCGUGAAAUGCACCUUACUUGGGAUUUUAACUUGAAGUUCCCAAUAGUAGAAUAUCAAAUAUUCCCAUUAAAUGCUUUUUGUCGCCUUUCAAAUAUCUUAAUUGUAUGACGUUUAUUAUUAAAAAAAAACCUCUCGCCAACGGAGGUAGUGAAAAGGGCAGCUUUACAUAAAAAAAUGUCCCAAUAUCAAAUAUAAAUAAAAUAAAUUUAGCCUUAUUUAUGACAAAGUCAUCAGUAAAUGAAGUUAAGAAAUUUGAAAGGAACACGUCGUUGGCCGCGAACAGUUAUAUACAAUAAUGUUAAUUUGUUAACUAUUAAGUAAUUUACAUGCAUAAACAAUUUUUGUAUAAUAAGUAGUUAGCGUUCUAUGAAAUUUAAUCAAUUCUUUUUUUCUAAUUAAUACAAUAAUUCCCUUCCUAAGACUAAUUUGCUUUUAAUUUAUAUCGAGUUUGUGUCUGUCAACAUUGACUCUACUAAAUGUAUAGACAAUAUUGACAGACAUCAAAAUGAACGCCCAAAAACUUGGAUAAUUUUGAAAUAUUUAUGUAUUAGUAGUUGUAACAAAUUGUAAUAAUAAUUAAUUAAUUAUUAACCGUAAAUAGUCUACGCAGUGAUGUGUAUAUUCCGUUUUUUUAUUGCGCUUUAGAGUUGUCUAUGGUCCACGAAGGAGGUUGUGUAGUAAGUACCAAGGAGUGAAGAAUUUAGAUAUGUUCAAAUUGUGAUAGCAAAUGCGUGGGAAAAACGAACCAUAGACAACAAUGCCGUCAUAUUGCUUCGUAGAUUUACAAUUUUGCUAAUCGUCCAUUUUUACGGUUCCCCGAUGCGAAAUCAUGUAAUCUGUAUACAACAAUGGCCUUAUUAUUUUAUUAGCUAUUUUUCUUAUGAUGUUUUGUUUGAGUGCGUAUAACGACGGUCCGCCAUUUUGAUUACGCUUUUCCUAAACUGUUCUAAAAUAGGUAGAUUUUGUGAAAUUCCAAUUUAAAAAUUACAUAUCCAUAAUAAAUAGAUGGAUGAACAAAAUGGCGGACGGUCGCACGGCGUGGAUGUGUGUAUAAUGUUACACAAGAAAAGGUUGUCGAGAGCAUUGUAUUUAUCAAAUUCGAGACAUGGCUUCUAUGUAUGUUCUAUUCUACAUUAUGUUAGCAAUCGAUGGAUUUAUAAGGAGAAAGUUUUAAUAAAAAAUAUUAUAAAUUUA